AUGGCCAACACAAUGAACUUCCUCUUGACAGCAUUGGCUUUCAUCUCUUUGUCCAACCUAGCCAUGGGCUCAUUCAACAUCAUGGACUUUGGAGCAAAGCCCAACGGCCGAACCGAUUCGGGCCAGGCUUUUCUGGCAGCAUGGGCCAAGGCCUGUCGAUCUAGGAGGCCCGCCUCCAUUUAUGUUCCGGCAGGCCGGUUUCUUUUGGGCCAAGCAACGUUUGAAGGCCCAUGUAGGAAUAGCAGGGUUAGCAUUUUCAUUGAUGGGACUAUUGUUGCCCCAAAUGGUUAUAGUUCACUGCUCAAGUGGAUGCAUUUUGUGAAUGUUAAUGGUUUGGAGAUUAUUGGAGGGACUCUUGAUGGAAGAGGGAGGGCACUUUGGUCGUGUAAGUUGGCCGGCCGGAGAUGUCCUAUUGGUGCAACGUCACUCAUCAUCGCCAAAUCAAAAAAUGUAUUGAUCAGUGGACUAACCUCCAUAAACCCGGAGCUCAUACACAUAUCCAUACAAUACAGUCACGGCGUUACGUUGCAAAAGGUGAAGAUAAGUGCGCCCAACAAUAGCCCCAACACCGACGGUGUCCACGUUCAGAACUCCGUUGGUGUCACCGUUACCGGAUCUACCAUAAGGACUGGCGACGACUGUGUCUCUAUGAAGGCGGGCGUUGAGAAUGUCCUGAUCGAGCGUGUCUACUGUGGUCCUGGACAUGGCAUUAGCAUUGGGAGCUUAGGAAAUGGGCUACAUGAAGAGGGAGUGCAAAAUAUCACGGUGAAAUCAGUGGUGUUUAGGAGAACUCAGAAUGGACUACGGAUCAAAACAUGGGGAAGGCCCACUAGCGGAUUUGUGAAGGGUGUGAAAUUUCACCACGUCGUCAUGAAUAAUGUCCAGAAUCCAAUCAUUAUUGAUCAAAAUUAUUGCCCUGGCAACGUAAAUUGCCCUCACAAGAGUUCGGGCAUUAAGAUCAGUGGGGUGUCAUUCCACGACAUCAAGGGAUCAUCGGCAACCAAAGUGGCGGUGAAGCUCGAUUGCAGCCCUAAAAACCCUUGUGUUGGUGUGGGAUUGAGGGACAUAAGGCUCACGUACGGGAAGAAUGAGGCUCAGUCUUAUUGUAGGAAUGCAAGAGGGAGAUCCUCUAGGGUUAUAAGCCCACCAAGUUGCCUCUAA